AUGCCUGCCAACUCGGAGAAGGAGCACCUGUCCAUCGUGAUCUGCGGCCAUGUCGACAGCGGCAAGUCCACCACCACCGGCCGCUUGAUCUUCGAGCUUGGUGGGCUGCCCGAGCGUGAGCUGGAGAAGCUGAAGCAGGAAGCAGAGCGUCUGGGCAAGGGCUCGUUCGCAUUCGCCUUCUUCAUGGACAGGCAGAAGGAGGAGCGCGAGCGAGGCGUGACCAUCUCCUGCACCACCAAGGAGUUCUUCACCGAGAAGUGGCACUACACCAUCAUCGAUGCCCCAGGCCACCGCGACUUCAUCAAGAACAUGAUCACCGGUGCAUCCCAGGCCGAUGUGGCCCUGAUCAUGGUGCCCGCAGACGGAAACUUCACGACGGCCAUUGCCAAGGGCAACCACAAGGCUGGCGAGAUUCAGGGCCAGACCCGUCAGCACUCCCGACUGAUCAACCUGCUCGGUGUGAAGCAGAUUUGCAUUGGUGUGAACAAGAUGGACUGCGACACGGCGGGCUACAAGCAGGCUCGCUACGAUGAGGUUGCCAACGAGAUGAAGAGCAUGCUGGUGAAGGUGGGCUGGAAGAAGGACUUCAUUGAGAAGAACACCCCCGUGAUGCCGAUCUCUGGCUGGAUGGGUGACAACUUGCUCAAGAAGUCCGACAACAUGGCCUGGUGGAAGGGUCAGGACGUGGAGGUCGGGUCCGAGAAGAUCCAUGUGGAUACCGUCUAUGACGUCCUGGACAAGAUGUGCCGUGUGCCCGAGCGACCCAUCAGCGCCCCGAUGAGGAUGCCGAUCUCCGGCAUCUACAAGAUCAAGGGUGUCGGUGACGUGCUGGCUGGCCGCGUGGAGCAGGGCGUGGUGAAGCCUGGAGAGGAGGUGGUUUUCCUGCCCACCCACACCGCCUCCAACCCGUGCACUGGCAAGGUCUUCACUGUGGAGAUGCACCACAACCGUGUGGACUUCGCCAACCCGGGCGACAACGUUGGCCUGAACAUCAAGGGUCUGGACAAGAACAACAUGCCCCGCUCUGGUGAUGUAAUGGUUUACAAGAAGGACACCACUCUCGGCCAGACCAAGGAGUUCGAUGCCCAGAUCCAGGUCCUCGACAUUCCGAACGAGAUCAAGAUUGGCUACUCGCCCAUCGGUUUUGUGCGCUGCGGCCGUGCAGCAUGCCGUGUGUCAGCCUUGAAGUGGAAGAUGGGCAAGGAGACCUUUUUUUGGAUGUUUUCCCUGCAGUGUACUUUUGAGACCGGCGGCAAGAAGAUGGAGGACCCUCACUCCCUGAAAUCCAACGAGAUGGCCCAGUGCAGCUUCCAGCCCCAGCAGCCUUUGGUUUGCGACACUUUCAAGAACUGCGAGGGCCUGUCUCGUGUGGCCUUCAUGGAUGGCAACGGUGUCGUGAUGUUGGGCAAGGUGGUGAGCUGUGAGCGCAAGGGCGAGGACGACAAGGGCGGCAAGAAGAAGUGA